AUGAAAAUACAAUGUGACGUGUGCGAGAAAGUGGAGGCAGAGGUGCUAUGUUGCGCAGAUGAGGCGGUGCUAUGCAGGGGAUGCGAUCAUAAAGUCCAUGCAGCUAACAAGCUCUCACAAAAGCACGAGCGAGUUCUUCUCCUAAAAGACUCAUCAUCAUCAUUGUCCUCAUCGUCCACGUCAUCCUCCACCUCCUCCUCUUCCCAUGCGCAGCUACCUCCAUGUGAUAUCUGCAAGGAGAGAAACGGCUACUUCUUCUGCAUAGAAGAUAGAGCACUAUUCUGCAAGCACUGCGACGUUUCAACCCACAUGGGGAGCCCCUUCGCUUCAUCCCACCGACGAUUUCUUAUCACAGGCGUCAAAGUCGCCCUUCAACCUUCCAUUAACACCAAUGACAUAAUUAGCUCGCCCACUUCGGCUACUACUUCUUUCAAUUUUCCUGCAGACAACGAGAGCAGGGCGGCAAUGGCGCCAAUGAGCGUUGAAGCAGCGUCGACGACAGAAACUAGAGCUACCUUCUCAGGCGCUGAAGUUGAUCCAUUUGCAAUCGGACCUAGUAAUUGGUUACUGAAUGAGACGUUUGACCCGAAUGAUUUUAACUACUAUGAAUUUUCAGAAGUUGGAUCAUCAAGAAUAAGCACUACUCCAUGA